AAAUCUGUUGAGUAACUUUAGGAUGAAAAAUAAGAAUUCGCCUUUUCUUAAACCCUAAUCUGAAACCAAAACAGAAUACGGUGGCCCAUCCCUUGGAACCGAGAAUCCAUAAGAACACCAAAAGAAAAAAAACACCGAAACACUUAUCUCAAGAGCAUCAAAGAGGCGAUUUGUUAGGGUUUCAAUUGUGAGAAAAAUGGGAAAGAAUCCAAAGAACGAGCUAGGUAGGGCUCUUGUGAAGCAACACAAUCACAUGAUUCAACAAACCAAGGAGAAGGGUCGAAUCUACAAGAAGAAGUUUCUCGAAUCGUUCACCGAAGUUUCUGAUAUCGACGCCAUCCUUGAACAAGGGGAUGGAGAUGAGGAACAGCUGCUCGAUCUUCCUGUUCCUCCUCCAACCGCCCGCAUCAAUCUGGAUCCUGCGUCUGGUAGUGUCUUUAAUGGUUCGACGCCUGAAGAAAUCAAGAAGGAGCAGAGGAUUGAAGAGGCUCUGCAUGCUAGCAGUCUUCGAGUUCCACGGAGGCCAUCAUGGAGUGCUGAAAUGUCUGCUGACGAGCUUCAUGCCAAUGAAACACAACAUUUCUUAACUUGGCGUCGCAGCUUAGCCAGACUUGAGGAAAAUAAGAAGCUUGUCCUUACUCCAUUUGAGAAAAAUCUUGAUAUCUGGAGACAGCUCUGGCGGGUUGUUGAGCGCAGUGAUUUGAUUGUUAUGGUUGUUGAUUCACGAGAUCCAUUAUUCUAUCGCUGUCCUGACCUUGAGGCUUAUGUAAAGGAGGUUGAUGUGCAUAAACGCACAUUGCUUUUGGUUAAUAAGGCAGAUCUUUUACCUGCUUCUGUCAGAGAGAAAUGGGCAGAAUACUUUCGUGCUCAUGAUAUUCUCUUUAUCUUCUGGUCAGCCAAAGCUGCUACUGCAGUUUUGGAAGGCAAAAAACUUGGUUCAUCACAGACUGAUAACAUGGCAAGUGCAAAUAACCCAGACACAAAGAUAUAUGGAAGGGAUGAGCUUUUAGCCCGCCUGCAAUCAGAGGCUGAAGAGAUAGUACACAGGAGAAGAAAUUCAGGCUCCUCUGGCACAGGGUCAUCCACUAUUGAAUCCUCAGGUGAAAAUACUUCUGCUAGUUCAUCGUCAAGUCACGUGAUUGUGGGAUUUGUUGGAUAUCCUAAUGUAGGGAAAAGUUCAACUAUCAAUGCUCUAGUUGGACAAAAGAAAACCGGUGUCACCUCUACCCCAGGAAAAACAAAGCACUUUCAGACAUUAAUUAUUUCUGAAAAGUUGACACUUUGUGAUUGUCCUGGGUUAGUUUUUCCAUCUUUCUCAAGCUCAAGAUAUGAGAUGAUUACUUGUGGGGUGUUGCCAAUUGAUAGGAUGACCGAACACAGGGAGUGUGUCCAAGUUGUCGCCAAUAGAGUCCCGAGACAUGUCAUAGAAGAGAUCUAUAACAUCAGUCUUCCUAAACCUAAGUCAUAUGAGUCCCAAUCCCGCCCCCCUCUAGCAUCUGAACUUUUGAGAACAUAUUGUGCUUCUCGUGGGCAAUCUACUUCUAGCGGACUGCCUGACGAAACCAGAGCUUCUCGGCAGAUACUGAAAGAUUACAUUGAUGGGAAGCUGCCUCACUAUGCAAUGCCGCCUAACGUGUCAAAUCAAGAAUUAGCUUCUGAAGAUUCCACUGGACAUGACCAAGAUAAUUCACAUGUGUCAGAUUCAUCUGAUAUUGAAGAUUCUUCAGAUGUUGAGACUGAGACUGUACUUACACCAAAACUUGAGCAUGUGUUGGACGACCUCAGUUCAUUCGACAUUGCUAAUGGGCUUGCUUCAAACAAAGUUGCAGCUAAGAAGACCAAGGAAUCACAUAAGCACCACAAAAAGCCGCAGAGGACAAAAGAUCGUUCAUGGAGAGCCGGGAAAGCAGGGAAGGAUGAUACAGAUGGGAUGCCAAUUGCAAGAUUCCAUCAGAAGCCAGUAAAUGCAGGUCCUCUGAAUGUUUGAUAAGGUCACUCCCUCUGGUUUAUGUGCAACAACUUGUCUGUUAGACCCAUACAUACAUAGUUUUCUUAAGUGAGCCCUUUUGUAAGGCUUUCCAGGAAUAGACCACCCAGUCAAUUUCUCUAAAGCUUGCCUCGCGAGAGGGUAAAAAGGUAUUUGGAAAAAUAUUGUAUUUACGUCAUUUUGCUAUUUGGUUAUUGUUUCGAAUAUUGGGAUGAAAAUGUAGUUUUAAAAUAAGAUACUUCAAUUGUCCGGAUUUAA